AGUGACAGCCACUACUGGCAUGCGGAUGCUAAAGCACACCUGCUGAGGACUUCCGCUGCCACUGGCCCCAUGUGCUAUUUGGCCAAGCUCAGCCCCCUCGGCUGCCACCACUUUUCAGGGCUGUGUGUGCCUGCUUAUCUCGCUUGAGAUUUGUAGAGGGGCUCGUCCUUCCGUCAGCUUCCUUAGUGCUCAUUUGAAUGACGCUUGCAUACAUAGUCCUUCCCAUGCCAGCAAUGGAGAAAGGAGGAGCUAAAUAUCCGCGCACUUUGGACAUGCGCUGUGAUCCCACAAGCUCCCAGAGACUCACCUAGGGAACUGGGCUUCUCUGAUGCAUGUUUUUGCCCUCUGCUGGUUUCAUGCAGGAACGCUACUAUUCCUGACAAGGAAAGGGGGAUGUCUGCCAUGUGAGUCAUGUUCAGCUGCUGGGGACAGUUGUAGUGGCAGUAAGAUCAUUUGCCCUGGUGGGCUCAUCAAAUGUGGCACAGCACGAACCGUGAACACAACAGGACCAAGGACUAUUCACAAGUUUUGCUUCCUCCCCAGCGACUGCAUCUACAAAGGCCCUUCCACAUUUAAUGUGGGCAAGUCAGGAAUUGUAUCAAGCAGGCUUUUCUGCUGCAACGAGGAUGAGUGCAAUCAUUACUUUCCUGAUAUCCCACCCAUAAGCACUACAUUCAAUGGAAUAAAGUGCCCAGCCUGCUUUGGUCUGAAGAAAUAUACAUGCAACGAAGAAGUGAUUGUCGAAUGUACUGGAGACCAGGACUAUUGCCUUGACAUGUCUGGGACUGCAAGGACAGGACCACCAGUGGCCAUCAAGGGCUGUGUAAACAAGGUUGUCUGUGAUGAUUUUAAAAAAGGGAUGGUAUUUUUUGCUGGGGUUCAUGUACAUGGAGCAGGCACUUGCCUUCCCAUGAAGACCAUCUCUGGAAAGGCUGACUACACUCCAGAGUUGUUUGCACUUUCUCUCCCAGUUCUUGCUUGCCUUCUUCAUGUGAAGAUCCUUCCUUGAUUUUCUUCUGGCACGAAGACCAAGAGAUCCUGCCUGAGCCCUUUCUCCUUGCUUACUUGCUUUGUGGCUCUUAGUGGCCCUUUAUAGGCCUUGGGCUUUACUGUGAAUGAAGAGCUCAAAUUGCCCAAGAUACACUAGUGUCUAUUUUUUUAUGUUCCGCCAUGACCUCCAGCAGUAGCAGAGCAUGGUGGCACUCAAGUGAUGUCAUCAAGCAGCGACCAGCCAAUAACACUGGUAGGUGACAAAUAAAAUACAUCAGCUGUAGCUGAAGAGUAUUGGUACUGAAA